GCCCGCGGGUCGAGCGGGACCGGCGGCUCAGGUGUUGGCACCUUCCCCGGGAGCCGCUGGACUGCCGCGCCAGCCGGGCGCCCAGCGAGCGGGCGCCUUCCCCGAGUGCCGGCGGCUUCCUCCGGGCUGCGGCGGAUCUUCAGACAUACACUUUUGGGAAAUGGCCUCUAAAACUUGGCUGAAUUUUUUAAUCUUCCUCUGUGGAUCAGCAGUUGGAUUUGUUUUAUGUUCUCAGCUAUUUAGUAUUUUGUUGGGAGAACAGGGUGACACCCAACCUAAGAUUCUUCAUAAUGAUCCUCAUGCUAGGCAUUCAGAUGAUAAUGGACAGAAUCAUCUAGAAGGACAGAUGAACUUCAAUGCAGAUGCUAGUCAACAUAAAGAUGAGAACACUGACAUCGCUGAAAACCUCUAUCAGAAGGUUAAAAUUCUUUGCUGGGUUAUGACAGGACCUCAAAAUCUAGAGAAAAAGGCUAAACAUGUCAAAGCUACAUGGGCCCAGCGCUGUAAUAAAGUGUUGUUUAUGAGUUCAGAAGAAAACAAAGACUUCCCUGCUGUGGGAUUAGAAACCAGAGAAGGCAGAGACCAGCUAUACUGGAAAACAAUUAAAGCUUUUCAGUAUGUUCAUGAUCACUAUCUAGAAGAUGCUGAUUGGUUUAUGAAAGCCGAUGACGAUACAUAUGUUAUACUAGACAAUUUGAGAUGGCUUCUCUCAAAACACAGCCCUGAAGAACCCAUUUACUUUGGGAGAAGAUUUAAGCCCUAUGUUAAGCAGGGCUACAUGAGUGGAGGAGCAGGAUAUGUACUGAGCAAAGAAGCCUUGAAGAGAUUUGUUGAUGCGUUUAAAACAGAGAAAUGUACACAUAGUUCCUCCAUUGAAGAUUUAGCACUGGGAAGAUGCAUGGAAAUUAUAAAUGUAGAAGCGGGAGAUUCCAGAGAUACCAUUGGAAAAGAAACUUUUCAUCCCUUUGUACCAGAGCACCACUUAAUCAAGGGUUAUCUACCUAAAACAUUUUGGUACUGGAAUUAUAACUAUUACCCUCCUGUAGAGGGUCCUGGUUGCUGUUCUGAUCUUGCAGUUUCUUUUCACUAUGUUGAUCCUACAACCAUGUAUGAGUUAGAAUACCUCGUUUAUCAUCUUCGUCCAUAUGGAUAUUUAUACAGAUAUCAACCUGCCUUACCUGAAAAUAUACGGAAGGAAAUAAGUCAAGCAUACAAAAAUGAAGAUCCAAAGUAAAAUUUGGGAAACCUUGAAAGAAAAGCAUUAAUGAACAGAGAUGUUGCGCCUUUUCCAAGGCAAGAAAAAAUUUUCUCUCCUCAAGAAAAAAAAAAGAUAACGACUCGCUUUAUUGCGACACUUUAUCGUGGUGGUCUGGAACUGAAACCGCAAUAUAUCUAAGGUACUAUGCUGAGUCGCCAUUGUCUCUUCUAAAUAUGUUUAACCAUUCUUGGAUACCAUUUUCAACUAUUAAUAUUUACUCAAAGCUUUAAAGCAUUUGAUUAAAUAUUUUGUUCCCAUAUUUACCCAUUGUUAAUUAUGGGUAACUAAUAAAUAGUAACUUUAAUGCUGCUUGGGGAAUGUUUUUUGAUAUCACUGCCACUCAGGAAUUACUAAGCUACACUUUUAAUUGAUCAUUUAAAACUCUUUCCAACUACAUAAUUAUAGUUUUUUUCAUUCUUAUCCUGUUGAGAGAUAAGAACUUGUUUUGUGCCUUUCAUAACUUCUUUAAAGCCGUUUUAAAAUUCAUUUUUAGGAUCUAAGGUGGUUAUUAAUUACACUGGCAAAAUAAUUUGAAUGCAAGAUUUUGACCAGAGUUAAUUAAAAACAUUAGAAAAUGCACAAUGCUUAAACAAGCUGAAAUAUGUCAGGUAGUAAAAGACGAAAUACUUAUUUUAUGAAUAAUAUCUAAAUUUGAUGCUGAUUUAUGUACAGGGUGGGGCAAAAGUAGGUAUACAGGUGUUCAUAUAGAAAAUAAUACAAUAAUUAAUAAAUAAUACAAGAAUAAAUGCUAUUUUGUCCCAUCCUCUAUUUGGGGAUGAUUGUAUUGCCGAUAGAUAAUUCCAGUUGAGCAGAAUACCCAUUCAAGACUGUCAUCAAAAACACAUUCAUGAAUAUUUUGUUCUUAUUUUAGUGACCCUCUAUUUAAAGAGUUUCUGGAAGGGAAAAAAAAAAUGGGUUUUUGUUAUCUUUAGCAUAUUACCUGAGUGUAUCAUAACAAUAUUUUACAGACUUUCUGUAAGAUUAUCAUAAAUGGUACAACUGAUUUAUAUUUCUCUUAUGUUUAUCAUGCUAAUUUCACAUGGCUGUCACACCAUUGACUCUGCUGUUUUGCUAAAUAGUUUAUAUUUAUUGUGCCAAAACAUGCCAAAACUAUGACCUCUUUAGAUGGUAUAUUUGAGAGAAUGUUCAUCUUAGUGGCCAAUUAUGGAUACUAUGUCUAUGUAGUGAAAACUCACACCAAUUUUUACCUAUUAAAUUGUUUUUUAUUGUUU